AUGGCGCCGGUACCUAUUGAGCCGGAGAUCGACUAUCUCGCGGUCGCAGCAGUUGGCACACACGCCACCAGUGUUGCCGUCUUGACAGCAUACGUCGCCCGAAGCCUGUAUCGGUCUUACACGUCGCUGUCUCCGGCCCAAGGAACGAGAGAAAGGCUCACGCGACGGUCGAUCCUCACACCGCUUUUCACAGGCCUCGCGGCCCUAAGUCUUGCUCUGGCAGGCUAUACAACCUCAAGAUAUGCGACCCUGUCUUACAAAGUCUGGGCCGAUCAGCGCGCUCUCGAGAUUCCCGCCAGAGUAUAUGGCGAGAAGGGCAUUCUUCCCUAUGGCAACAACUCGACCCAUGUCUACGUUGCCCAGUGGCUGACCGACACGCCUGUCUACCUGGACGCCCUCGAGAUCGUGGCCGAGAAGGCGCGUCGCUACUGGUGGGGUCAGCAGGUCGAGCUCGCUACCAUAGCUUGGAGCCUGUUGCUGUCCGCUGAAGGCCGCAGGAGGAACAUCCCGUUUCUCUGGGCUUACCUUGCCCUGGCGCAUCUUGUCAACCUGUCUUUCGCCCAAAACUUAUUUUAUCUUGCACUGCUUCUGACACCCACGCCGAUCAUCUCGGCGGGUGAAGGCCCCCCCACAUCUGCACUCGGCAGGCUUCGGAACCGCCUGUUCCCUCCCAAGCCGGCAGGUUGGACGCCGAGCGUGGCACUUCUCAUGGCAGCACUGACCCAGAGUUUUGCUAUCGCGCCAGCCAGCUGGGGCACCGUACAUGCGCACCCUCGCGGUGGCUACGGUGACUUGACGGAGCUCUUCCGGUUCGUGUCCAUGGCUACCUUUGGCCUGCAAGCCAAGGCAACCGUACUUGGCCUGAUCUACAACGCACCAGAUGCCCACUACCACCGCCACAGCAAGUUCCUUCCCUUUGACAAGGAGACACGCUCGACACUGGAGCAGACGACCAUGGCGUUCAGUAAGAUUCUUGGCUCUACGGCGGACCACCCUGCGGUGGCAGCUGCGGCAUGGGAUGUGCUGCUGAGUGGCGUCAGCUUGGGUGUUUGGGCCGCUGUUCGGCCGUUGGACAUCAACGACAUCUUGGCGUGCGCGACACCAUUUUUCAAGAACAGAGUGCUGGAAGCGGAUGCGGCCGUUGACGCUGUUGGCGACACGGAUGAGCCGCCUGCUGUUGUUGUCCGCAGCAGUGGCCGUACCACGCGGUCAUCUGCGGCGAGCUUAUCGCCCGCAGCCGAGACGCCGGGUCCGAAACGCCGCGGACGGCCCCGCAAGAUUAAGAAGGAGGCAAACGAUGUGGCCGACGACAGUGCCUACAUCCCUUCGCCUACCGAAAGUGCGGCCAUCAUUGCCGGGGACCAGGUUCCCCAGGAAGACCUAGACUGGGAGGUCACUGCGCUGACCUGGGGUCUCAACGCACUGGGCGGGCUUGGGCUAGGAAGCUCUGGCGUGUUUGGAGCGGAGUGUAUUUCGCGAUGA